AUGUUUCUUAUCGGGUUUAAGCGGUUCGGGGUGCGAAGUAUCACAGUUCACAAUUUCGAAGGGGACAAUACUAUUAAGACGGUGUUGAUAGUGGGCUGCACAUCUGGCAUCAGCCUUGCCCUUGCCGAGCGCAUUAUCGAGAAUGUGAUUUUCGUGAUUGGUGUCGGUCGCCGCAAAGAUCAGCUGAACGAGUUUGUGAGCAGACAUGGCGCCGAUAAAGUCGCUGCAUCACAGUCUGAUAUCAUAAAAUUGAGCGUACUGAUUGUUACCAGCAUUACCCAGGCAUAUCCUGGAAUUGACUGCGUAUUCUUGAACUCGGAUGUUCAGAGAAAUUUGGACUUCACGCGUCCAGAUAUAAUCGAUAUAUCCCUCGUUGAGAAUGAGCUGACGACCAAUUAUACCUCUUAUAUUGCAAUGAUUGCAGCUUUCCUGCCUCAUCUAUAUGCACAGGCUCCAAAGCCUGUAGCAUUGGUGACGGUCACCUCUGGUCUUGUGCUCAUUCCAAUCCCUCGGCCAGCGAAUCACUGUGCCACAAAAGGGGCUCUUCAUUCAAUCAUGUGGACCCUGCGGGCACAACUAUCCCACGACGAAAAAAGCAAGCAUAUCAAGAUCGUCGAGCUGAUCCCAUCUGCCGUUCAAACUGGGUUACAUGAACUCCAAGCGGAUGUACUUGCAAAGGGAGAAGAGAAGCUGGGAAUGCCGCUACCAGCAUUCAUUGAUGGCGAAUGGGCUGGCUUGCAGAGAGGAGAUGAGGAAAUUCCUAGCGGGCCCGUACAAAGUGUAGAACCGAUGAAUACGUUCUGA